AUGGAUUAUUAGUCUGUCCAGCAAUUAAAUGCAUUUAGAAACAUGACAGAGGAUGAGUCAGUAAGUUCUACUUCAAAUAUGAGUGGCACAUUUAACAAGCAAAAUAAUCCUCUCAAAAUCAACCAAAGAAAAUAGAAAAAAGCAUCAUACCAACCAUCAGAAAAAGGUGAAAUGUCAUAAAGUGAAAAUGAAUCUCUCAACUCAUUUAGUCAAGAUAAAAAACAGCCUAGCAAUUUAUAAAUUAAAGAAAGCAAUAUAGAUAUAAAGAGUAGUGGAUCAAGCAGUAAGAAUAACUAGCAAAAAGUGCCUCCACCUCCUCCCUUAAUGCAAUCACUUACAAGGGCAUUUUAAAAACUUGCAGCCAAGCACGGUCCACCUCCAAUGGUAACUUCAGGAAACAAUGGAUCUGUAGGGGCACCUCUUUCCUCUAAUCUCUCUGAGAAGCAAAAACUUCCUCCAACUCAUUCUAAAUAAUCUAGUAGUUAAAUUUAAAAUAAAUACAACAAAAGUGCUGGGAUAUUAUCGCCUCCGGUGAAGGAUUAUAACAAUAAAGAUAUUAUCAAAGAGGAAUCUUAGGAGUCAAACUCAAUUCUCAGAAAGACAGAUCUUGAUAACUCAAUAAGCUAAGAUCAGGCAUUCAUGUAAAAUGAAGAUGACAUAUAUGUUAUCAAGAUAAAUAUAAAAAAUCAUUCAAACAUACCUCAAAAUGUAAAGAUCCCAAAUCCCAACUAUAACAUCCUUGAGCAGGCGAAAUAUCUUCUUAUGUAUGACAUUUAAAAUAAUCCAGACAAGGAAACUUAACUUUCUGAGGAUUUACUCUCUCGCACGAUUAAGCAAAUUCAUUAAAUACUCAUGAAAUAAAAAGAACACGAAUAUGAAAGAUAGUUAGGAGAUUAUAAUAAAUAAGUUCUUAAUUUGUAGGCUAAGUUGUAACUUUAACAAUCGGCUAAUAAUCCUCGAGCUUCUCCUUAGAAUCCAUUCAAAAAAUAAGCUACAGGAUCAGAAUAUAGUGGUUUAGCAGGAUUAGUAGGACUGGGAAUGUCUCAAAAACUAAAUCUUAACGAUUCAACUCAACUUAUAGAAGCAUAGAAUAACCAAGAAGACAUAAAGAAAAUGAAAGAGGAAAAUUAAGAGCUUAGAAUGAGAGCGAACUAUUUGGAAUAGGACUUAGCAUUCCUCUCCUAAAAAACAAAAGAAUUAUAGACUAAGUAUGAAACAGAGAUUGAAAACUUAAGAAGUCAAUUGAAAGGUUCUUAAAGUGAAUAAUUUGUAAAGUAGUAAAUUGAGCAUAAAAAGCUCAUUGAGGAUAAUUCAGUUCUAAUGAGAGAGGUGAAAUUACUACAAGAUUAACUUAGUGAAGAGUAAUAAAAAGUGAUUGAACUAUUUGAAGAUGCAUAGAUGGUCAAGGAGGAAAUUAUGAGGGAGAUGUCUGACUAUGAGAAAACCAAGAGAGAGUUAGAAAAGAUGAAAAUACUGAAUAAAAACUUAAGAAAAAGAUUGAAUGAAGAUAGUAUAGAGUAAAGUGAGCUAGAUCACUCAGAUGAAGAGCGGUAUGAUGAUUAUGCAAGAACUCUAAAUGAUCUUGACGGCAAAAUGAAAAAGAAAAAGAAGGUUGAAAAAGUUUCUGUUGGAUUGUCAAGACCAGAAAGUUUAAUGUCACUAGCAAAUGGAUUUAAUUAAAAACUUGAAGAACUAAUUGAAGAAAAAUCGAAAUCAAUAAUAAAUGUCCUUGCUUAAAGUUCACUUACGAAUUACAUAAAUACUCAGCAUCCUUAUGCUAUAAAUUAUCAAUAUCCUACUGGGGGACAUAGCCAUAUGAAUCAAGCUAUUCAGCCUCCAAGAAGGCCAACCUAUUAAAAGAUGAAUGGACAGAUUGUUGAGAUAUCCAUGUACGAAUCAGAAAAUGGAGUUUACAAUAACAAUACCGAUUCAAAAUCUUAAUUAGAAAACCAUGUUUCAUCAGACUCAUCUCUCCAUCAUUAACGAAUCCUCAAAUCAAACUCUUCAGACAUUCAAGUUCUGAAGCAUAAAAUAAAAGAAGUUAGAGAUAAGCAUAACUCUCAGCUAUAAAGUACUUCUUCAUUUUUAAAGCUAAACAAUGCUUCAUUUGAAAAUCUUAAUAAUCCCUAGAUGAAUAAUCAUUUAUCAAGAUAAUAAAUUACAGCUAGCAAUAAUAAAGUUAGCUAGCAUAGUCUGAAUAAUAAUCGGUUAGAUACUGACUACUAACAACCUGAAACUUAUAAAGCAUUCAAUGUUGGACUGAUUUAGCAGGAGAAUUAACCAUUAAAAACCAUUAAUGAAAGAGGUUACAAUAAAAGUUCAAAUAAUCAGAUAUAGUUUUACGAUGAUCAAGAUAAUGAGAAUAGUGAAUAUGACGAAUAAGAAUAUGAUUAGCAGGAAUCUUAAUUUCAGUAAAUAGAGUAAAAUUAAUUUAAGACUCCAGUUUGGACACAAUAAUAAAGAUAAUAGGAUAUUAGGAAUAAUCAAAUUAAAGAAUAAAACUAUUAGGACAACAACGACUCCUAUUAUGGGGGGAGUAUUCAUUAACAAUAAUAGCAGGAAAAAUUUGAGCUGAAUCAAUAGAGUUUCCUAAAUAAUAGUAAUAUUUAGAAAGACAAACUUAGCUUUAAUGAAGAUUAACAGAUGUCAGACAGAAACAAGAAAGGUAAAUUACCUUAUUCCCCUUGA